CAGUCAUCUGAGCAGGGUUUGGUGGCACCGUUGCAGGGAGGGGAUGGUAGGAAUUUGAGUAAGUGAGGAACCAUGUGCUAGCAAAUAUAUUCCAAGCGACAGCUGGAGGAACCAUGCCCCGGAUCGCCUGGAAUGCGGUAGACGGUGAGCGAACGGGACUUUUAUGGAAACUUGCUACGGGGGAGACGUAAUUUUACCCAAACGACAUUGAGUCUGGUCAAGUGGUGGACCCAGGCCGGUACAGGCAGCAGCUCCGCUCCCCUUUUACUCUGAAGACUUCCGCGGAUUAACCAGCUCGCCCCGAAGACCCAUUCCUGAUUUAUUCCAAACUCAUCCCCGGAGGAAGGUGUGGAACGUGGCUGAAGGCAAUUAAACUGAGAUAAGGUCCCAUAAGAGCCAGGAACAAGCAUGACUGACGUGGCACAGAAAGCCAAGAUGCUUCUAUCUACAUCUAAACCUGUUCAUAAAUCAUACGUGCCAAAGCUGGCCAAGGGAGAUGUUAAGACUAAGUUCGAAGCCAUGCAAAAAGCGCGGGAGGAAAGGAGCAAGAGGAGAUCUGGAGAAGAAAGGAGAAGGAGAAAUGAACAGUAUAAGAAGGAGAAAGAAUGGACAAAGAUAAAACAGGAGCUAAGGGAACUACUUGCUUCAGAUGACGAAGAUGACAACAAAUCAAACGAACUGAAGAAGGCGUACGUCCCUAAAAUGACAGGGACAGUCAAGGGCAAGUUUGAGGAAAUGGAAAAGGUAAGGCAAGAGGAGGAGAAGAAAAGAAUGGAGGAGGAGCGGCAGAGGAGGAUUCAUCAGGACAUCUUGGAGAAGAGGAAGUUACAACGCGAACUUGCAAGAAAGGCCGCAGAGGAAAAGGAUGAGGAGACAGAGAGCCCAGCUGUCUGCAAGAGUGAAAUCCGCCCUGGGAAGUUAAAACUCAGCUUCGAAGAAAUAGAAAGGCGAAGACAGGAUGAGGAAAAGAGGAAAGUUGAGGAGGAAGCAAGACGGCGUAUUGAGGAAGAAAAGGCAGCCUUUGCCGAAGCACGCAAGUCUUUAGCAGAAGACGAGGAAGAUCUACCCAGUCUCAAUAUGGCUCAGAAAGACCCAGUGCGACCUGGGAGACUGAAGCUGAGCUUCGAAGAGCUGGAGAGGCAGCGCCAGGAGGAGGAACAGCGCAGAGCAGAGGAAGAUGCUCGCAAGCGCCUGGAGGAAGAAAGGAAACAGUUUGCCGAAGCUCGGAGAAACAUGAGUCCUGACCAGGAUAGCAAUCAGAAGGAUCAUGCAAGUUCACACAAGGAGGAUUAUGGACCUGAAGAAGUAUCUGAUGAAGAAACAAACAAUGCCAAAAGAAUGUCUUUGGACGUGAAUGAUAUGCACUGUCCAGGCAAAUUGGAAAUCAACUUUGAAGAGCUUUUGAAACAAAAGAUGGAGGAAGAGAAAAGGCGGACGGAGGAGGAGCGAAAACAGAAACUAGAACAGGAGAAACAGGAAUUUGAACAACAGCGACAAGAAAUGGGAGAGGAUGAAAUCAAUGAGAGCUCUGGAGUUGUAAGUACAGAGUAUGAAGAGCUGAUGAGGCUAAAAAGAACAGGUUCCAUUCAAGCCAAAAACUUGAAGUCAAAGUUUGAAAAGAUUGGAAAGCUGUCAGAGGAGGAAAUACAGAAGAAGAUCGAAGAUGAAAGAGCCAAAAGGAGAGCAGAGGACCUGGAGAUAAAGGAAAGAGAAUCUGAACGAUUCAGAGAGGAAGAAACAGAAGAGGUCACAAAGGAGCCUAAAAGAGAUGACGCUCCAUUUACACACAAAGUUGACAUGCGAGCUCGCUUUGAGCAAAUGGCUAAAGCAAGAGAGGAAGAAGAAAGGAGAAGAAUUGAAGAGCAAAAACUUCAACGGAUGCAAUUUGAGCAAAAGGAAAUUGAUGCAGCACUGCAAAAGAAAGGGGACGAAGAGGAGGAGGAAGAAGGCAGCAUUGUUAAUGGAUCAACCUGUGAGGAUGACAAUGAUGAACUCAUUCGGUCUGGCGCUCCAUGGUUCAAGAAACCCCUCAAGAAUACAUCUGUUGUGGAUGGAGAGCCUGUAAGGUUCACUGUGAAAAUCCUGGGAGAACCCGCACCAGGGGUCACAUGGUGGUUUGAGGGUGAAAUGUUGCAAGACUGCGAGGACUAUCAAUAUAUUGAAAGAGGAGAAACUUACUGCCUUUACCUACCUGAAACCUUUCCUGAAGACGAAGGAGAAUACAUGUGCAAAGCUGUGAACACCAAAGGAACAGCUGCUAGCACUUGCAUUCUCACCAUUGAAAGUAAGAAUUAAGUUUGCACAGACAAUUUUUCUAAAAGCAAGAAACUUGUGAACUCAUCCACACACACACACAACCCCCAAGUUAACUCAUGCUUAAACUUCCAGCUUUUCUUUCAAUGGCAACUAAUUUCUUGAAUUUUCUGUUCUCUUUUAGCUGAUGACUACUAAAUCUGCUGGAAUUUCCUUUCUGUCUCAACCUUUACUUCAUCCAUCUUUCCCCUCUAAUGGGGCCAAAAUUUUCAAAAAGCUCCUGUCCUUGGAAAAAUUGCUGUAGUGUUGAUCGUCAUUCCUCUCAUGGUUAUUUCAUAGCCUAGAAAACUGCAUGAAGCUUACUUACUGCUUUUAUUUGAUCAGUUUUAGUCCUUUAAAACUAUCUUGUGAUGUUAUUUAACAGAUGCUAUCAUAUCUGCACAUUAUUGUUAACAGCAGAGCCCACUUAGAAAUCAGUAUUGUAUCCAUGAAUUUCAAAAAAAAUUAACCCAAUGUUAACUUAUUUAUCAAUCACAAUUUGGGUCAAUCAUAAGUAAAAUGUUGGUUUUAAUAUCAUUGUUAGAAUUGUCCAUCAUGAAAACUCAAACUUUACAUACAGAAGUUUUUAGGGGUUUUGUUUAAGAAUUAAAUUCAACAUGACAACUACUCGUUUAUAUUCGAAGCAGUAAUUUGGGUUUGUCUACAUAUAGAAAAUGGGUCUUAUUUUAUCACUGUAGAGAUUACCAUGAAGCCUUACAUACAAACUGGACUAUGGACAAAGAAGCUCCUACACACAACUUGCCGAUGGGCCCGAGAGGCAUCACAAAUUGCAUGCUAGACAAUUUGUGGUCCUCAGAAAUACUCUUCAUGCAGAAUGUACUUUUUUUUUGUAAGCUGAACUCCUGCUCAACUGUAUUUUCAGAUACCAUUUAAAAUCGACUUUGAAACAAAACAA